UGGACAUGUGGCAGGUCUCCAUUGCUCAUUGUCAUCCCAGACCCUCUCAUUGGCUGCAGACUGUGAGAACCUCCAGCAAACCCAAGACCCACACAUUCAUAUGGAGAUCUGGGAGUAUAAAUAGGAGAAGGAGAGGAGCAGUCAGUAGCAGAGCUCAAGCUCCUCUUCAGAGAGACCACAGCAGAGAUACAGCCAUGGCACCUACUGUCACUGUACCCAUGACCUACUCUUCUGAGCAUCUUACACUGAACAAUAAGCAGAGAAAGCCUUUGGUGGAGAAACUGCGCAGAGAUCGCAUCAACAACAGCAUUGAACAUCUCAAGACUGUACUGGGCCAGGAGUUACUAAAGCAACAUCCAGACUCCAAGCAGGAGAAAGCUGACAUCCUGGAGAUGACUGUCCACUUCCUGAAACAGAAGCAGCAGCAGCAACCCUCCACCUGCUCCACAGCAGCCAAUGAGGGCUACUCCAGGUGUAUGCAGGACGCUGUCAACUUCCUGUCCCAGUGUGAGGUGCAGACACAGUCCCAGAGAAGACUGUUGAGUCACUUCCUACACAUGCUGCCCACAGCAGACAAGAGCACCAGAGUCCAGCUUCAGCCCAGCUCUCCAGUCCGUCACAGCAGCAGCAAACAGAAGACUUCAGGCUGCACUGCACUCUGGAGGCCCUGGUAGAGCCAUGUGGACUCUUUUCAUGUUGACCAACAGAAUUCCUCUUGUCAGUCUGUGACUGACAUGGACAGUAAUUCUAACGAUGUAGGGAUUGUGUCCCUUAUGUUCUACAGUUGUAGAAAUGUUAUAGUCCACUUC